AUGAGGCAAGAGGAGGUGACCGGCUUGGGCGGCAGGUUCCUCUGGGGUGUUGGCAGUUCUGCCUGCCAAACCGAAGACAAGGAUGGAAAAGGCCCAAGUAUCUGGGACUCUUUCGGGCACCAAGCAGGGAAGGUCUUUAUGAACCACACAGCAGAUUCGUCAUGCAAAGGCUACUAUACUGUUAAAGAUGACAUUCAGCUGUUGAAAGAACUGAAGGUUAAUCACUACUUGUUCUCAAUUUCCUGGCCUCGUAUUUAGCCCACAGGGAUUAGAUCUCAAGUGAAUGAGAAAGGCAUAAACUUCUACAAUGAUACCAUCAAUGCACUCUUGGAAAACAGGAUUGUUCCCUUUGUAACACUCUACUACUGGGAUCUGCCUCAGGUACUUCAAGAAAAACACGGAGGGUGGCAGAAUGCAAGCAUGGCAAGUUAUUUUAAGGAUUAUGCAGAUUUGUGUUUUGAGAGUUUUGGGGACCGGGUGAAGCACUGGAUUACUUUUAACAACCCCAUGGUAAGUGCCAACUUCGUCCAGAAAGAAUGCCACAUUAAAGCACAAUAUGGAAACCCACUCAUUUAUGUGACUGAGAAUGGCGUUCCAGAAAAGCUACUGUACGCUCAGCUGUGUGAUGAAUGGAGAAUCAGUUAUCUUAAGGGGUAUAUUAAUGAGAUGCUAAAAGCUACUAAGGAUGGUAUUAACAUACAGGGUUACACUGCCUGGUCUCUACUGGAUAAAUUCGAAUGGGAACAAGGUUAUUCUGAGAGAUUUGGACUCUACUAUGUUGACUUUCAAUAUCAGAACAAACCUCGAUACCCAAAAGCUUCAGUUCACUAUUAUAAGGCAAUAGUUGAAGCAAAUGGAUUUCCUAACCCAAGGGAGGUGGAGAACUGGCACCAGAAGGCCACUGAAGUCUGCUCAGCCAUAAACCAACUCCUUAGUGCAGAGCCUUUGACAACUCAUUUGGAAAUGGUGGCUGGGAUUGUUGUGCCAACAGUUUUCACUCUCUGCAUUCUCAUAAGUGCUGUUCUACUGCUGAUUCUACUCAGUAAACAUCAUUAACAAGCUUUUCAUAAAACAUCUUCAUUUGAAAAAUGUUCCCACCCAUUUAUUUCUCCAUCUAUUGGCUAACCAAAGUUCAUCUUUUUGCUGACUUUAUCAGUCAUCUUUUAAAUCAACACUUCCUUUGGGUCAAUCGCGAGCGAAAUAGCUGUACCCAUUAAUUCAGUGAGAACACUUUAUAACAAAGCAGCAAAUUUUUAUUUUACAUUCAUAACCUAUCUUUUUUCCAAUAUGGAACUCAAGCACCUUUGGCAAGGUGGCUGCAUCAUGUGCCUUCAGACUAUGCUGUGGGACUUAACUAGACACAGCAAUCUCUGAUCUAAAUUAGGAGAGGAAUUUAACAUAUCGUUUGUCUGCUUCUGAAGUAAAAAGUGGCCUUCAAAAAUUAAGAAAGGCAACAUAAAAAUGGCCCUUCUGGAAUAUAUAAAUACAGUGGUGCCUCGCAAGACAGAAAACCCACUAGACGAAAGGGUUUUCCGUUUUGGAGGCGCUUCGCAAGACGAAUUUCC